AUGUUACGUGUUUUUCAUCAACAUUAUUUAAUUUAAUAGCUUCUAAAGGGGUUUUACCUGUAAUUCUUUUAACGCCGCUGUUAAUAGAUUUUAUAACCGCGGGCAAUCUUUUUACCCAUUCGCGAUUCCUAUCAUCACUUAUCAUUUCUUUGGCAUAUUGGUAGCUGAAAAGUUUUUCGGCAAUAGUUUUAUUAGCACGUUCAACUAAAGCUUGCGCUCUAUGAUUAUUAGCUUCUGAUCUUUGUAUGUUGUAUAUUCUUGUAACUUCACCUUUGAAUUCAGUGCCCGGAUCAACUAUAAUAGUUUCUGGCUUUCGUAACUUGCGCGAAUAUAUUUUUCCAAACGCUGCCGCAACUUCCGAUGCGUAUUUAGAUUUCAGCGGCUCGGCGUCUAUGUAUCUGCUGGCAACAUCGACAACUACUAAAGCGUAUUUAUAUUUCUUAUCGUGUGGUAGAAAUAAUAAAUCAGCUUGAUGAACUUGAUUUACUUUUUCAAUAUUCCAAUGCCAUCUAGGAAUAUAUUUCGGUCUAGGGAGAUAUAUUUGCCAUAGAGCCUGUUUCUUAAGCCAUUUUUUAGUUAUUUCCUUAUCCACGCCGGUAACAGCAGAUAAUUUAUCUACAGCAGCAUAACCUUUCCAAUAUCCGUUUGUAGAAUAAUAGUUGUUUGAAAGCUUUUUAUCAUUCAUAUAUAAUGAACGUAUCAGAAGUAGUAUCAGAAGUAUUAGACAUAAACAGAGAGUCCAAAAGGCCUUUUGCUAUUAAAGCUGAAAGAACGUUACAUCGCGUUACUUUCAAUCCAAGCAGCGCCAGCCCRGGAGAAACGCUCUAUGUCCAUUUACCUAAAUUAAGCGACAAUAUGGUUUAUGUGCCAGGCUCUGUGGGGCUUGUUUUCAAUCUUACUUUAGCUAUGGGCCAGGCUAAUAAUACAUUAGUGAAUAAUAUCGGUCGAAAUCUAGUUUCGCGCAGAAAAGUAUUGUAUGGAGGCGAGAUUCUAGAGGACACGAAUCGUAUCGAUCUUUAUUCGACGUACCAUGAUUUAUUUCUAACAAAAAGUCAAAGAGAAAAUAUGCUUAGAGAAGGAAUCUCAUCAGCUAAUAUGAGAAAGCUUCGUACGGCCGCUGGAGAUAAAGUAUCAUCAGACGCGGCUGAGGUAGCCCUAGCAGGUGUUUAUGGCACCAAAUAUCGAAUUCCWAUACAACAUCCUAUUAUAGAUAACCACGGCGUAUUUUAUGCUAAAGCGUUGGAUAAUAAUUUAACUUUUGAAAUUACUCUUGCGGACAAGGGCAUCGGCGUUACAUCAGAUAACACAAAAGAUUAUAGUUAUUCUCUUUCCAAUAUUGAGCUGGAAUACGAGUGUAUCAAUAGCAGUUAUUUAGCUCAAGAGGCUUUGACGAAUUAUGGUGUUGGAAAAGGAUUCUACUAUGAAAAUGUUCUUUUGCAUAAGACAUUUACUAUYGCCAAAGCAWCGGAWUCGGUAAUAAACGARCAUGUGAAUUUGCCGAGAAGAUCUAUGUCCGGCAUUUUGAUGUUAUUUGUUGAUCCUUAUACCGCAGGCGGAAGAGAUUCUGAAAAAUUCGUCUAUCCAAAAAUUACAAAAGUUAAUGUAAAUGUGGAUGGAAUGCCUAAUAAAUUGUACAGCAAAGGAAUGCUCCCAACAGACUUUUGGACUGCUAUAGUUAAUAAAAUGGGCAUUACGGAUAUUACGCAAAAAGACUUUUAUACGAAUAAGUUCGCUCUAUGGAUAGAUUUGAGAACUUAUUAUGAUAAUAAUAUGCACGGAGGCGGUCUUGUGCUUAAUAGGACGAAAGACGGCGUUAAGUUGGAAAUAAAGAGAACGGCAAGCGGAUCAGGUAAUAUUACCUGCUACAUGUUUGUAGUGGCCGAUGCCGUAAUGGAGCUGGAAAAUGCUAGCCUUAAGUCGAUAAUUUAUUAAAUAUAUGGAUGAUUUGAAAGAUCGGAUUCCUUUUCACUGCAUAAUAACUGGGCCUACUAACUGCGGCAAAACUGAAUACUUAAUAAACCAAUUAAGGGGUGCAUACAGAU